AUGAGGUCCCUGCGCACAGUAUCAGUUGUGGGAUGUCAUGCAGAAGGAGAGGUGGGCGAUGUUAUAGUCGGCGGGGUCCUUGAUGCUCCUGGAUGUAAGUCCAUGUAUGAGAAGAUGAUGUACUUCUGGAACACAAAGGACAGUCUGCGCAAACUGCUGCUGAACGAGCCACGGGGUCGAUCAUCGAUGAACACGAAUCUAGUGCUGCCACCGUGCAACCCUCAGGCAGAUGCGGGCUUUUUGAUCAUGGAGAGCGACGAAUAUGCGCCCAUGUCUGGAUCCAAUACCAUCUGUACGGCGACUGUCUUGUUAGAGACUGGAAUGAUACCCAUGCAAGAGCCGAUCACGCAGUUCAACCUCGACACAGCCGCCGGGUUAGUUGCAGUUACAGCAGAAUGUGAGGGAGGGAAAUGCAAAUCAGUUGCGUUCGACAAUGUCCCGUCGUUUGUAUUCGUUUUGGAUAUGCCAAUACAGGUGCCGGGGUUCGGAGUCGUUUCUGUCGACAUCGCCUGGGGCGGAAUGAUGUAUGUGUUGGUGGAUGCCGGUUCAUGCAAUCUCAGGAUCGAAAAUAGUCGGGGCCCCGAACUGAUCGAGCUUGGAGAACGCAUCAAACGAGCAGUCCAAGCCCAAUACACUCCAGUGCAUCCCGAGAACCCGGGUAUCCGGGGAGUGUCGAUUCUCGCGUGGACUCAUCCGCUCAUCCAAGACGAUGGCAGCGAUGGUAAGACGGCCGUCAACGCGGUCGUGGUGUCCCCGGGACGGUUUGACCGCAGUCCAUGUGGAACGGGGACCUGCGCUCGUAUGGCCGUCCUACAUGCCAGGGGACAACUUCAAGUUGGCCAGACGUUUCGCCACAAGAGCAUCAUCGGUACUGAGUUUGUCAACCAUAUUCGGGGCACCACCAAGGUGGGCCAAUAUGAUGCUAUUCUUCCCACGGUCAGAGGCAGAGGAUGGAUCACCAGUUUCAAGGAGAUCGUGCUAGACCCUACAGAUCCGUUUCCGGAGGGAUUCAGAGUGGGCGACCAGUGGCAUAUUCCCAAACCAGACUCGAAGGGGUAG